AUCUUUCAUCCACUUCCAUCGUCUCUUGGUUUCGUUGACCGAUCAACUUGUUUAUAAAUUGUUUUCUAAUUUAAUUUAAUAAAAGAAUUUUCUAUGUAUAUACAACAUGACUUAUUAUAAAAUUGCAAAGUGUGUUUGUAAUUUAGUUAGCAACAUAGGCGCCUACGAGUUGUGAUCAAAAAGCAAUAGUAGUGAUAUUUUCUCACAUAAUUAUGGUUAACUGACGUUAGAGUUAAGACUGCAUCCUCAAUUAUGGCAGACCCAGGUUAUUACCACAGUGAUUAUAUUAGACUGGGUGUCAAGUACGGAAUUAAGACUGAGUGUAUUCCAGAAAUAGCUUUGCCGUCUAAGUUGGAAGAACUCAAGGAUGUCAUACGUAGGGAGAUACGUAAAGAACUCAAAAUAAAGGAAGGCGCGGAAAAGCUACGCGAAGUCGCCACCGAUCGAAAAUCCUUGUCGGAUGUAGCGAAUAUUGUGAAAAAAGCCAAUUUAAAACUUAACGAGCUCAAGUCUGACUUGCAAGAUUUGGAGUCGCAACUACUGCUAUCACGCGGCCAGUCGACUCCAACGUCGCCGGAAGACUUGUCUUACGAUGAGGAGAUCAUACUGGCAUCCGAAGCGGCGCAGCAACAACGCCAACUGGGAGAAGGCACCACGGACCGUAAGUUGGCAUCGCUGGAAAAGCAAUUGAAUAUAGAGUUGAAAGUGAAACAAGGAGCCGAAAACAUGAUACAGAGCAUCAGCAGUAGCAACCAGUCGCGCGAUAAAAAGCUUCUCGCGGAGGCGCACCAGAUGCUGGCAGACUCCAAGGAUAAAAUUGAAUAUCUUAAGCUGCGAAUAUCCAAAUUGAGCAAGCAACAAAAAGGUGACAGUGCAAGUGCCAACGGAGAUGGAAGAAACAUUGACAUGAGUGGAGUCGAGCCCCUGCUUGAUGAACGGAUCGCAGAGCUAAGGAACCGUCUGCGCAUAGAGGCAGCUGUGGUAGAGGGCUCCAAAAACGCCAUAAGACUCCUACAGAGUGACAAGAAGGUCACUGAUAAGAAAGCUCUUCAAGAAGCCCAAACGAGUUUGCAUGAUUCAACUCAAAAGUUAGAUUUGCUGCGCAGAUCGUUAGACAUGCGCCGCCAAGAACUCCCCGCCGAGAGUGCAGCAUUUAUAGAAUUAGGGCAUGAGUUGCGUAGCACUGGGUCUAGUCCCGGGUACACCAGCCUGACUGGUGCUGGGGGAUCAAGAAGCCAGUUCAUGUCCCCGGCUCCUAUGAUCAGUCCCUGUGUACAAGUGACGGGUACAUUGGAAGUGAGGCUCAUGGGUUGUCAAGACCUGCUAGAGGAUGUGCCUGGCCGCAGCCGUCGGGAUCCUCUGGCUAGUCCAUCAGAUUUGAAAUCCUUUGUGAAAGGUGUUACUAUUCGGAACUCAAUCAAACACACAUACAGCAUAAAAGAAGACACCAGCAAUGAAAUUAUGGCAGUUAUGAAGUUGGAUAACCACAAUGUGGCUCAAACCAGUUGGAGACCUUGUUCUCAGCAGGCCUGGGAUCAAAGAUUCACAAUCAAAUUAGACAAGUCCAGAGAGCUGGAAAUUGGCAUUCAUUGGAAGGAUUGGCGCGGGCUGUGCGCUGUAAAGUUUUUGCGCCUUGAAGAAUUUAUUGACGACAUCAGACACGGCAUGGCGCUGGAACUUGAACCGCAGGGGGUGUUGUUUGCUGAAAUCAAAUUUCUAAAUCCUAUCAUAUCAAGGAAACCUAAAUUACAGCGGCAAAGAAAAAUCUUUAAACAACAAGGCAAGAAUAUACCAAGACACGAUAUGCGUAUACCUGCUGUGGUGAUCGGCAGACUUCUAAAGGGUUCCUCGCCCUCUAUACAAAACAUAGCCCAUCAAUCACACCAACAUUCUUUUGAACCAAGCAUUGACAUCAAAGAUAUUGAAAAUCCUCAUGCCACCCUCGUUGGAAUGGCUGCCGUGCGGCCAUUGGAUCUACCGACUGCUCCUAGAACACCAAUCACUCCACCGCCAAAACCGACGUUGCCUAUGCAACCGCCGCCUAAUGUGUCAACCCUGAGGAUGGAAAAAGAGCUACAGGAAGCAUUUGCUUUCUUGGAAGAUUCCUACACCAGAGACACAUACAACUCAAAGGAUCAACAAACGUCAUCAUGUAACACUCCGCUUGUUGAAUACCCUCCAUCCCCAUCACCGAAACUAGUUCUGGAAUUUCCGAGCAAUGAAGAUCAAAUAAUAGAAGUCACAAGUAACAUGAGAAUUUCGUCAUCGCGUUCCUCUUCAGUCAUUGAAACAAUGGGCAAAGACCUGGAUUCCAGGAGACAAUCUGGUGACAUGUCCAUGACCAGCUUUAGAUUGCUGAGUGUGUUAGGCAGAGGGCAUUUCGGGAAAGUAAUAUUAGCUCAGUAUAGACCUACUAAUGAAUAUUUUGCUAUUAAAGCUUUAAAGAAAGGUGAUAUAAUUGCUAGAGAUGAAGUUGAUUCGUUGUUGUCUGAAAAGCGUAUUUUUGAGGUAGCUAAUGCAAUAAGACACCCAUUUUUAGUGAAUCUGUUUGCUUGUUUCCAAACCGACCAACACGUGUGUUUUGUUAUGGAGUAUGCGGCAGGUGGUGAUCUUAUGAUGCACAUACACGCAGAUGUGUUCACAGAACCCAGGGCAGUAUUUUAUGCAGCUUGUGUAGUAUUAGGUUUACAGUAUUUACAUGAAAAUAAUAUAAUUUAUAGAGAUUUAAAAUUAGAUAAUUUGCUUCUUGAUACUGAAGGUUAUGUGAAAAUUGCCGAUUUUGGUCUAUGCAAAGAAGGCAUGGGGUGGGGAGAUCGCACGGGUACUUUUUGCGGCACUCCGGAAUUUCUAGCCCCAGAAGUAUUGACAGAGACUUCCUAUACGAGAGCUGUGGACUGGUGGGGUCUUGGGGUUUUGAUUUUUGAAAUGUUAGUGGGAGAGUCUCCCUUCCCAGGCGAAGAUGAAGGUGAAGUUUUUGACUCUAUCGUAAAUGAUGAAGUUCGCUAUCCCAGAACACUUUCCCUGGAAUCAAUUGCUCUUAUGCGUCGCUUACUAAGAAAAAAUCCUGAACGACGCUUAGGUUCUUCUGAAAGAGAUGCGGAAGAUGUGAAGAAGCAGGCAUUCUUCCGAAAUGUUGACUGGGAACAACUGCUCCUACGUAAAGUUAAGCCACCAUUUGUGCCAACCAUCAAUAACCUUGAAGAUGUUAGUAACUUUGACAGUGAAUUCACUUCAGAAGCAGCAGUAUUGACUCCACCUAAAGAGCCUCGUCCCCUGAGCAAUGCGGACCAUAAACUCUUUACAGACUUCACAUACAUGGCCGAUUGGUGCUAGGGAAUUAAUAAUUUAAUGUGUUUAUUAUAUUAAAAGUAGAAUAAUUCUUAAUAAUAAAAACCCCAUUGCCUUAAAAUGUGUGAGUGAAAAAAUCUGUAUUUUGAUAUAUAUUAAUCUUAACUAUACAGACGGAUAUCUAAUGUAGAUAUUCCAUGUUAACUUGUAUUUAAUGCAGUUAAAUGCAAUAUUUUAUAAUAAAUUGUGUAAUUUAGUAACAUAAGUUUUAAAUAGCCCUAAUCUUUAUUUUUUUAAAAAACAUUGUGUUACAGAUUUAUAUAUUAUGUAGUUAUAAAAUGAUUAACGUAGAAAUUAACUAUUUUAAGUAAAAGCGUGUCAAAUAAAUCAUUGUUUUCAGUCAAUUCUUUACUUAUCAGUGAAAUAAAGAUUUCAACAACAAAA